UGAAGGCGCUCACAUUCACUGAGAAAGGCCAGUGUCCUGGACAAGUCAGCGUCCUUGGUCGACGGAUUGUAGUCGACAUUUAGGUCGUAAAACAUGGCUGGUCAUGAUUUUUCAGUCCAUGUUGAUUGCGUCGGGGAUAUUCACAUGUCAAAGUUGAGAGAUUCUCGAAUUCGAGGCUUGAGAUGAUUUUCAUGACUCGCUGCAAUUUAAUGCGGGUGGGAUGAGGCCUUUUACGAGGCGUCAAUUGAGAGAAUUGAACAGAUGGAAACAGACAGUAUGCUUAUAGGUCCUCCACAGGUGGCCUGUAAUGUGAUGGACAGAUCCAUCUCUCUCUGGUCGAACGACGAGGGAAGAAACAAGGGUUGAAAGGUUCUUGUCUUGAGUCAGCGAGGAAUCCAGGGCUUUUGCGAGCGGAAAGCGGAAGUCGCGACAUGUCAUGGUUUGACGCAGCAGCAGCAGCGGCUUUGCUCUGGCUGUGCUCCGCGAUCACCACAACAUCCACAUUUUACCCCUCGUCGUCGUCGUCUUCGUCGUCUUUCACACGCCUUCGUCGUUCGCGCAACCUCCUCGACCUCUCACUGCGUUGCGCACUGCUUCUAACCACCUGUCGCGCCUGCCACAUCAGUCAAAAGCCAUUGCUGCCCAGCAUGGCUCGUGUCUACGCCGACGUUAAUCAGCACAUGCCUCGCGCAUACUGGGACUACGACAGCGUCAACAUCUCCUGGGGCGUCCUGGAAAACUACGAAGUCGUUCGCAAGAUUGGCCGCGGAAAGUACUCGGAAGUUUUUGAAGGCAUCAACGUCGUCAACUACCAGAAAUGCGUCAUCAAGGUCCUCAAGCCUGUCAAGAAGAAGAAGAUCAAGCGUGAAAUCAAGAUCCUCCAGAACCUGAGUGGAGGCCCCAACAUCGUUGGUCUUCUUGACGUUGUGCGAGACAGCCAGAGCAAAACCCCUUCCCUCAUCUUCGAGUACGUCAACAACACCGACUUCAGGAGCCUCUAUCCGAAAUUCGUGGACUACGAUGUCCGCUACUACAUCUUUGAGCUGCUCAAGGCGCUCGAUUUCUGUCACAGCAAGGGCAUCAUGCACCGCGAUGUCAAGCCUCACAAUGUUAUGAUUGACCAUGAAAAGAGAAAGCUACGCCUGAUCGAUUGGGGUCUUGCUGAGUUCUACCACGCCGGCACCGAAUACAACGUCCGCGUCGCUUCGCGUUACUUCAAGGGUCCUGAGCUGCUCGUCGACUUCCAGGAGUACGACUACUCGCUCGACAUGUGGUCUCUGGGUGCCAUGUUUGCUUCCAUGAUCUUCCGCAAAGAGCCGUUCUUCCACGGAAACAGCAAUUCUGACCAGCUCGUCAAGAUCGCCAAGGUUCUCGGUACCGAAGACCUGUUCGACUACCUUGACAAGUACGAUAUCGAGCUCGAUGCUCAGUACGACGACAUUCUGGGCAGAUUCCCCAAGAAGAACUGGCAUAGUUUCGUCAACGCUGAUAACCAACGCUUUGUCAGUAACGAUGCCAUUGACUUCUUGGACAAGCUCCUCAGAUACGACCAUCAGGAACGAUUGACCGCCAAGGAGGCUAUGCAGCAUGCCUACUUCAGCCCAGUCCGUCAAGCAGCACAGCAGAACUCGGAUGCUACACAUUCUUGAUGACGAUAGUUUGACAGCUGUUCGGGCGGUAAAUCUGGACAGACUGGAGUAACUCAAACUAUCAUUAAUCACGCGAGACCAAACUAGGAUCAUCUUCCGUGGAUCAAUCAAAUGCAUAUCAGGCAAGUCCGGCAUGCCACUCAACUGGUUGCAUAUCAGGCGUGGCCAGAAGAGCGAUGCACUGGCGCGGAAAAUUGGCAUAGCGAUAGGGCCGGCAAGCGAGGGCGCAGGAGGCACUGGGUUGAGGUUUUAUUCGAUCGUAUUGUUGCUGCCGUAGGAACGGACGGCACGAACUAAGAGGCCAAGGGCUGUAGA